CCACUAUUAUUUCACUUAUAUAUACACAUACCUUGUAAUUAUCAGACAACAUCAAAUAGUACGUAUUUACCUAAGUAUAUAGAAAUCAUGGAGGUUUCCACCAGAUUUGGGCCUCUGCUACUACUAAUUCUUGCAGCUGCACUACUUUGCAGGGAAGCCUUGGCAGCAAAACAUGUGGUCGGAGGAAGCCAAGGUUGGGACGAAUCCGUAGAUUUCGACUCUUGGGCUUCUGCUCGAAUAUUUAAAGUUGGAGAUGAACUAGAGUUCAAGUACACUGCGGGAUUGCACAGCGUGGUUGAACUGGCUGGUGAAAGCGCAUACAAGAGCUGCGACAUCGGCAGUGCACUGGACUCGCUAAAUGGCGGUAGCAAUACAGUCAAGCUAAGCAAGUCCGGCACGCGCUACUUUACUUGUGGGACACCAGGCCACUGCGAGCAGGGGAUGAAGGUCAAGAUCACAACUGCGGCGGCCGAUGGAUCCUCAUCCACCACUACUUCGCCGUCAUCUAAGGGAGCCGCGCCUUCUACCUCCGCUGCUUCCGCCCAUGUUCAGUUUCUCGGUUUCUUUGCGUUGGUUGCCUCUUUGCUGGUGUCCCUCAUCUAGAGAAAAAAUUUAUAUAGUCGUUGCUAUCUGUUGGGUAGCGAUUUUACAUAUGUGGCAAUUCAACAUUUUGUUGGCCUUGUUGGUGGGUUAUCAUAUUCUAUUUUUUUUUAUUUGAAUAAUGAGGUAAUAUUUUUUUUGUGA